ACCUCUUCGCCUAACAUGAAUAAUGCUGGAGCAUCCACUUGGGCAGUCUGGGAGAUAUUGCGUUAGUCUUCAGGUGAAUUCAUUGAGGUGAAGAACGUGAGUCGUCUUCUUAAAGCAUCGGCGAUAAUACCGUUAAACCGUGGCCAAUUGAUACGUGGUUCUUAAGUGUUUCUUAUUCCUGAAAAUAGUUGUGUUAUUUUGGGAAUUUUCCGGGCUAAAGCUGAUCAGUUGGCAGAAGAUGUCCUUAAGCUAGGAAGAGACUCUCUAAAGGCAAAUUUCCUAGCGUAGAAGGUUCUUCACGAUCAGCGAGUUCUUAAAGAGGGGCCCCAUUGUAACGGUACCCCGAUGUCGUGUACCAUAAACAGCAACAGAAGCAUCAGAGUGGAAUUCCAAUUGAGCCCCAGUGGUAUUUGAUUUUGGGCAGGAGAGGAUUAAUUAAUCCUCCAGAGGACAUUUACACAAAAAAUUGUUAGAAUUAGGGAGUGAGAUAAGUGAGGACCAAAUGCAAAAAUCAUUGAUCUUGUUGCUGAUCUGUGCUGGUUUAGCAGCCGGCCAAGAUGACUCUCUAGCUGGGAGUUUUCUCUCAGGUCUCCUAGACACGAUCACAAGUACAGCAGAUUCAAAAGAUUGUCCAGGAGUCUGUGUCCACACACUGGCCACCCUCAUUUGCUAUGAAGUACUGGAAGAUGUGCCCUGUCCAUCGCCCAGCAUGAGAUGUUGCCUGGAGAGUGCUCCAGACGACAGUAAAAUCACCGAAGCGCCCAAGACAACAUCCACAACCACCACAACCACACAGAGAACCACCACGAAGAGCACAAAGCCCAAGGAGGACAAGAACAAUAAGGCCUGUCCGGGUGUCUGUGUGGCUGAUCGGAUCGCUGAGUACUGCGAGGCCUAUCUUAAGACGCCCGAUCUCUGUAAAACAGGUUCCAAGUGCUGCGUCUCACGUGAUAUCUACCCAGAUAAACCACCAGCUGAUUUAUACGUUCCCAGUCAUGUUGUAAAGCCGACCACGGGCAGACCAAAUUCUGGCACACACAAAGAAUCACAGCAGAAAACCACCACUGAGCCACCGCGGCAGAAGACCAACAGCCCAGUAAAGAACGGAAAGCCACCUGGCAAAUAUGGAAAACCAUCUGGAAAUCGUCAGCCAGAGAAGACAGCCUCUUCCACGAAGCCCAAACUCUGCCCUGGGGAAUGCGUUAGUGGACUAUUUGCCUUGUUCUGCGAUGAUAUCGAUGCCGAGGCUUACUGUCCAGGAGAGGGAAGCUGCUGCAUCACUAACAGCGGCGAAGAUGAUCGUGUUCAGACAACUACCCCAAGGAUUACUACACCUCCUCCACCGCCAAGAUGCCCAGGCUUCUGCCUGCUCAACAUUAUGGCUGCUUUCUGCGAGAGACCUUCUGUGAUCAUCCCCAAGACGUCCACAUGCAAGCAAGGAUCUGUUUGCUGUGACAACACCCGAGCAGCUACAACUUCUCGACCCCGACCACAAUCCAGGAGACCAGUAACCCAACCUACAACAACCACAACUACCACAACCCAAGCUCCCGAUCCUCGAGAACCCUGUCCAGGAUCUUGCAUAGUCGGUCUGUUGAGUUUCACCUGCUUCCGCAAUGCCGAAUUAACGGACUUAUUCAAAUGCAAGAAGAGCGGUACUCACUGCUGCGCUCCAAAAAGCCGUAUCCAGGAAGUUCAGAAUGCCCUGGCUAGGAAUGAAACCGUAGCUAUGUAUAACAAUGGACAGCAACCGGCCUACCCUCCGCCCUAUGGAGCUGCAACUCCAAUGCCGCCAAAUUAUCCUGUCCCUCCGGUUCCUGGUCCUGCAAUCGCCACGACGAAUAACUACGAGCCUGUGACUACCUCUACGACCACACGACCCCCUAUCUACUCCAAGUACGUCUGCGGUGUUAAGGGCACAAGUCGCACUGGUCGGAAAGUAGAAGGACUUAGGACGCAACGACAUAUCAACGGAACGACCUACAUCAGUCACCCUGGGAAGAAGACCGCAGAACGACUACAGCUGGGUCAUGAUAUCACACCUUAUCAGAUAAGUCAAGACCUAGUCCAAUACGCCGAUGUCCCUCCAGGAAACUUCACGCGACAGGGAAGAAGGCGAGGACGCGUUGUAGGUGGGGAAGAUGGAGACAAUGGUGAAUGGUGUUGGCAAGUGGCGCUCAUUAACUCCCUGAAUCAGUACCUCUGCGGAGCGGCUCUUAUUGGAACCCAGUGGAUCUUGACAGCUGCUCACUGCGUGACCAAUAUCGUUAGAUCAGGAGAUGCUAUUUACGUUCGCGUGGGAGAUUAUGAUCUUACUAGAAAAUACGGAAGCCCUGGAGCUCAGACCCUUCGAGUUGCCACAACAUACAUCCAUCACAAUCACAAUAGCCAGACCCUGGAUAAUGAUAUCGCCCUGCUGAAACUCCAUGGUCAGGCCGAAUUGAGGGAUGGGGUGUGUCUGGUGUGCCUUCCAGCUCGAGGAGUAAGUCAUGCUGCUGGGAAGCGGUGCACAGUCACAGGAUAUGGUUACAUGGGUGAAGCUGGACCAAUUCCACUAAGGAUCCGAGAGGCUGAGAUUCCCAUUGUGAGUGACGCCGAGUGUAUUAGGAAGGUGAAUGCAGUCACGGAGAAGAUCUUCAUUCUUCCCGCCUCUAGUUUCUGUGCCGGCGGAGAGGAGGGCAAUGAUGCAUGUCAGGGAGAUGGUGGAGGACCUCUUGUGUGCCAGGACGAUGGAUUUUUCGAACUGGCUGGAUUGGUAUCCUGGGGCUUCGGCUGUGGUCGUGUGGAUGUCCCUGGAGUUUAUGUAAAAGUCUCUUCCUUUAUCGGGUGGAUCAAUCAAAUAAUCAGUGUGAACAAUUUAUGAUCCACUCGGUACUAAGGUUCCCCCUCGAAACCACCUCUUCUUAGUCUCGAAGAUCUGUAAAUUGCACCCUUGAGCCCCUUACAAUCAAAAGACUUGAUAUUGAAUCUUAAUUUAAUGAUUUAUAACUUAACAUGUCUUAUUUUUCAAUAAAACGAUUUUUUUACGAUAGUA